UCGAUUUUAUAAUGGAUUUGUUGUUCCUCAGCCGGCGAAUAUUUUUGGGCGACGGCAGUCACGAGACGCCCCUCCACGGCGGCAUCGUCGUCGACACACAGGGCAUCAUCCGCCAGGUGCUAAGAUCUCCCCAAGAGGUCAACACCUACCUGUACAACAUCGAGUCCGAGGCCGUCUAUGAUUUUGGCGACCUGGUUCUUAUGCCCGGCCUCAUCGACUCCAAUGUUCACAUCAACGAGCCGGGCCGGAAGGACUGGGAGGGCUUUGUGACGGCCACCAAGGCCGCUGCCGCCGGGGGCUUCACAACCAUCAUCGAUCGUCCUGCCAACGCCUCGCCCCCCACCAUCAGUGUGGCGGCCCUCUCGGCCAAGACGGCUACGGCCCGUGGGAAGAUCUACGUGGACGUGGGCUUCUGGGGCGGCAUCGUUCCGGGCAACGGGGACCAACUGGCACCGCUGCUCGCCGCCGGCGUCAUGGGGCUACAGUGCACCCUCUGCGGCUCAGCGAGUCCAGUCGGCGAGGAGUUUCCUUCCGUAGACGAGACGCAGCUGGAGGAGGCGCUGCAGCGGCUCGGAACGGAGAACGAGGACGAUGGAGUUAUUGCUGUCCAUGCCGAGCUCCCGCUCGCCGUUGACAUUCCAGCUGACGAGGAGGCACCCAAGGAGUACGCCAGUUUCCUGGUCACCCGUCCACCCGCCAUGGAGGUGACCGCGAUGCAGCUGCUCAGCCGCCUGGCCCAGCGCUAUCCGCGCCGCCGUCUGCACGCCCUAAACGUGAGCAGCGCCGAAGCAUUGGCCCCGGCAGAGGCCUGCCAGCAAGCGGGCGUCCACCUGACGGUGGAGACCUGCCCCCACUAUCUGGCCCUCAGUGCGGAGGAGGUGCCCCAGUGCGGAACGGAGUUCAAGACUUGGCCGCCCAUCCGGCAGCGGUCCAACCAGGAGCAGCUGCGGCGCGCGCUACGGCCGGGCGGGGCCAUCCGGAUGAUCGCCAGCGAUCACUCUCCCUGCACGCCUGGCAUCCGCUGCCUCACGGGCGGGCGGGGUCGGGGCAAUUUCCUCAAGGCCUGGCCUGGCAUCAACUCCCUGCAGCUGUCCCUUCCCGUGGUGUGGACAGCAGUGGGCGAACGAGGAGGAGCAGGAGGAGCCAGUGAUGACCUGAGGCUGUCCGUUUCGGAUAUCCACCGCCUCAUGUGCUGGGAGCCGGCGAAGCUGUGCGGCUUGGACAGGUUCAAGGGCCGCAUCGCCGAGGGCUACGACGGUGACUUCUGUGUCUGGAGUCCCGAGGAGGAGUUCAGCGUCGCACCGGGGAAUCUCUAUACCGCCACCAAGGCCACGCCCUAUGCGGGCCGCCGUCUGCGAGGCGUGGUGCAUGCCACGGUGGUUCGUGGCCUGCAUGUCUAUCAGCAGUUCGAGGGCUUCGGGCAGCCCCUGGGGAAGGUCCUGUUGCGGAAGAGCAGCCGGAAGGUGGUCAAGUUCGUUCGAAUGUGAUGAGGUGGACACAAGAUGAGGGCGUAUGGGAUGCCCUGGGGCGCAGAGGACUGUGCAGGGUAAACUUUGUUAAUUAAAAUCAUUAAGAGAUUGGGCUGAAAUCCUCCACGCUCCACGCCAUACUUACUCGCGUGUCUUGGCUGGAGAUGAAGAUGGCGAUGGCGAUGGUGACGGAGACGGAGACGGAAACGAAGACGGUGAGACGUGCAACAAGUUGUCGCGUGGCAACGCUGAGUAAACAUGACACCAAGCACUGACCCCACAU